AUGCGUCAAGGGGGGCAAGGAGGCGACAAGGGGAGCAAGGAGGCGACAAGGGGGGCAACGAGGCGACAAGGGGGGCAACGAGGCGACAAGGGGGGCAACGAGGCGACAAGGGGGGCAAGGAGGCGACAAGGGGGGCAAGGAGGCGACAAGGGGGGCAAGGAGGCGACAAGGGGGGCAAGGAGGCGACAAGGGGGGCAAGGAGGCGACAAGGGGGGCAAGGAGGCGACAAGGGGGGCAAGGAGGCGUCAAGGUGGGCAAGGAGGCGACAAGGGGGGCAAGGAGGCGACAAGGGGGGCAAGGAGGCGACAAGGGCGGCAAGGAGGCGUCAAGGGGGGCAAGGAGGCGUCAAGGAGGCGACAAGGGGGGCAAGGAGGCGACAAGGGGGGCCGGGAGGCGACAAGGGCGGCCGGGAGGCGACAGGGGCGGCCGGGAGGCGACAGGGGCGGCAGGGAGGCGACAGGGGCGGCAGGGAGGCUACAAGGGGGGCAAGGAGGCGGGAGGCGGGGAAGGGAGGGGCGAGUGGCGAGUCAGGGAGGGGCGAGUGGCGGGGCAGGGAGGGGCGAGUGGCGGGGCAGGGAGGGGCGAGUGGCGGGGCAGGGAGGGGCGAGUGUCGGGGCAUGGAGGGGCGAGUGUCGGGGCAUGGAGGGGCGAGUGUCGUGGCAAGGGGACAGGGCGAGAGGCGGGGCAAGGGGGCGACAAGUGACGGGGCGAGAGGCGGGGCAAAGGGGCGACAAGGGACGGGGCGAGAGGCGGGGCAAGGGGGCCACAAGGGACGGGGCGAGAGGCGGGGCAAGGGGCGACAGGGGGGCGGGGCGAGAGGCGUGGCAAGGGGGCGACAGGGGGACGGGGCGAGAGGCGGGGCAAGGGGGCGACAGGGGGACGGGGAGAGAGGCGGGGCAAGGGGGCGACAGGGGGACGGGGGUGAGAGGCGGGGCAAGGGUGCGACAGGGGGACGGGGGCGAGAGGCGGGGCAAGGGGGCGACAGGGGGACGGAGCGAGAGGCGGGGCAAGGGGGCGACAGGGCGACGGGGAGAGAGGCGGGGCAAGGGGGCGACAGGGGGACGGGGGGUGAGAGGCGGGGCAAGGGUUCGACAGGGGGACGGGGGCGAGAGGCGGGGCAAGGGGGCGACAGGGGGACGGGGGCGAGAGGCGGGGCUAGGGAGCGACAGGGGGACGGGGCGAGAGGCGGGGCAAGGGAGCGACAGGGGGACGGGGCGAGAGGCGGGGCAAGGGGGCGACAGGGAGACGGGGCGAGAGGCGGGGCAAGGGGGCGACUGGGGGACGGGGCGAGAGGCGGAGCAAGGGGGCGACAGGGGUCGGGGCGAGUGGCGGGGCAAGGGGGCGGGGACGGGGGCGAGAGGCGGGGCAAAGGGGCGAGAGGCGGGGCAAGGGGGCGACAGGGGGACGGGGGCGAGAGGCGGGGCAAGGGGGCGACAGGGGGACGGGGGCGAGAGGCGGGGCAAGGUGGCGACAGGGGGACGGGUGCGAGAGGCGGGGCAAGGGGGCGACAGGGGGACGGGGGCGAGAGGCGGGGCAAGGGGGCGACAGGGGCGCGGGGGCGAGAGGCGGGGCAAGGGGGGCGACAGGGGGACGGGGGCGAGAGGCGGGGCAAGGGGGCGACAGGGGGACGGGGGCGAGAGGCGGGGCAAGGGGGCGACAGGGGGGCGGGGCGAGAGGCGGGGCAAGGGGGCGAGAGGCGGGGCAAGGGGGCGACAGGGGGAUGGGGCGAGAGGCGGGGCAAGGGGGCGACAGGGGGACAGGGUGACAGGGGGACAGGGGGACGGGGCGAGAGGCGGGGCAAGGGGGCGACAGGGGGACAGGGGGCGGGGGCGAGAGGCGGGGCAAGGGGGCGACAGGGGGGACGGGGCGAGGCGGGGCAAGGGGGCGACAGGGGGACGGGGCGAGAGGCUGGGCAAGGGGGCGACAGGGGGACGGGGAGAGAGGCGCAGCGAGAGGCGCGGCAAGGGGGGCGACAGGGGGACGGGGCGAGAGGCGGGGCAAGGGGGCAACAAGGGGGCAGGGAGGCGACAAGGGGGCAGGGAGGCGACAAGGGGGCAGGGAGGCGACAAGGGGGGCAACGAGGCGACAAGGGGGGCAAGGAGGCGACAAGGGGGGCAAGGAGGCGACAAGGGGGGCAAGGAGGCGACAAGGGGGGCAAGGAGGCGACAAGGGGGGCAAGGAGGCGACAAGGGGGGCAAGGAGGCGUCAAGGGGGGCAAGGAGGCGUCAAGGGGGGCAAGGAGGCGUCAAGGGGGGCAAGGAGGCGACAAGGGGGGCAAGGAGGCGUCAAGGGGGGCAAGGAGGCGUCAAGGAGGCGACAAGGGGGGCAAGGAGGCGACAAGGGACGGGGCGAGAGGCGGGGCAAGGGGGCGACAAGGGACAGGGCGAGAGUCGGGGCAAGGGGGCGACAGGGGGGCGGGGCGAGGGGCGGGGCAAGGGGGGCGACAAGGGACGGGGCGAGAGGCGGGGCAAGGGGGCGACAAGGGACAGGGCCAGAGGCGGGGCAAGGGGGCGACAGGGGGGCGGGGCGAGAGGCGGGGCAAGGGGGCGACAGGGGGACGGGGCGAGAGGCGGGGCAAGGGGGCGACAGGGGGACGGGGAGAGAGGCGGGGCAAGGGGGCGACAGGGGGACGGGGAGAGAGGCGGGGCAAGGGGGCGACAGGGGGACGGGGAGAGAGGCGGGGCAAGGGGGCGACAGGGGGACGGGGAGAGAGGCGGGGCAAGGGGGCGACAGGGGGACGGGGGUGAGAGGCGGGGCAAGGGUACGACAGGGGGACGGGGGCGAGAGGCGGGGCAAGGGGGCGACAGGGGGACGGGGCGAGAGGCGGGGCAAGGGAGCGACAGGGGGACGGGGCGAGAGGCGGGGCAAGGGGGCGACAGGGGGACGGGGCGAGAGGCGGGGCAAGGGGGCGACAGGGGGACGGGGCGAGAGGCGGAGCAAGGGGGGCGACAGGGGGACGGGGGCGAGAGGCGGAGCAAGGGGGGCGACAGGGGGACGGGGGCGAGAGGCGGGGCAAGGGGGGCGACAGGGGGACGGGGGCGAGAGGCGGGGCAAGGGGGCGACAGGGGGACGGGGCGAGAGGCGGGGCAAGGGGGCGACAGGGGGACGGGGCGAGAGGCGGGGCAAGGGGGCGACAGGGGGACGGGGCGAGAGGCGUGGCAAGGGGGCGACAGGGGGAAAGGGGGACGAGCCGAGAGGCGGGGCAAGGGGGCGACAGGGGGAAAGGGGGACGAGCCGAGAGGCGGGGCAAGGGGGCGACAGGGGGACAGGGGGCGGGGGCGACAGGCGGGGCAAGGGGGCGACAGGGGGACGGGGGCGAGAGGCGGGGCAAGGGGGCGACAGGGGGACGGGGGCGAGAGGCGGGGCAAGGGGGCGACAGGGGGACGGGGCGAGAGGCGGGGCAAGGGGGCGACAGGGGGACUGGGCGAGAGGCUGGGCAAGGGGGCGAGAGGGGGGCGGGGCGAGAGGCGGGGCAAGGGGGCGAGAGGGGGGCGGGGCGAGAGGCGGGGCAAGGGGGCGAGAGGGGGGCGUGGCGAGAGGCGGGGCAAGGGGGUGACAGGGGGACUGGGGCGAGAGGCGGGGCAAGGGGGCGACAGGGGGACGGGGGCGAGAGGCGGGGCAAGGGGGCGACGGGGGGACGGGGGCGAGAGGCGGGGCAAGGGGGCGACAGGGGGACGGGGCGAGAGGCGGGGCAAGGGGGCGACAGGGGCACAGGGGGACGGGGGCGAGAGGCGUGGCAAGGGGGCGACAGGGGGACGGGGGCGAGAGGCGGGGCAAGGGGGCGACAGGGGGACGGGGCGAGAGGCUGGGCAAGGGGGCGACUGGGGGACGGGGCGAGAGGCUGGGCAAGGGGGCGACAGGGGGACGGGGCGAGAGGCGCAGCGAGAGGCGCGGCAAGGGGGCGACAGGGGGAUGGGGCGAGAGGCGGGGCAAGGGGGCGACAAGGGGGCAGGGAGGCGACAAGGGGGCAGGGAGGCGACAAGGGGGCAGGGAGGCGACAAGGGGGGCAAGGAGGCGUCAAGGGGGGCAAGGAGGCGUCAAGGGGGGCUAGGAGGCGACAAGGGGGGCAAGGUGGCGACAAGGGGGGCAAGGUGGCGACAAGGGGGGCAAGGAGGCGACAAGGGGGGCACGGAGGCGACAAGGGGGGCAAGGAGGCGACAAGGGGGGCAAGGAGGCGACAAGGGGGGCAAGGAGGCGACAAGGGGGGCAAGGAGGCGACAAGGGGGGCAAGGAGGCGACAAGGGGGGCAAGGAGGCGACAAGGGGGCAAGUAGGCGACAAGGGGGCAUGGCGAGUGGCGGGGCAAGGGUGUGACAAGGAGGCUAGGCGAGAGGCGAGGUAA